AUGGCAGCCCUUCUCACCUGCCCGAGACAAGACAAGCCGAGCGUGAGCAGGCCUAUGGCUGGGUUCUGGCUGCCGAGGUCUUGCGCCGCGCCGACGGGGUGGGCUGGAGAUGAGCGCUCCUUCUCAGAGCCCUUUUCUCUCGGGUGGCGGUCACACAGCUUCCCUUCCCGCCUCAGCCUGGCUGGCUGGGGGCUCUUCCGCGCCCUGGUGGUGGAGCACCGGCUGUUCCCGGAGGGAGGGAGGGAAGCGCGCGUGUGGGCCUCUUCUGCAGCGGCCCUUUGCUUUUGCAGGCGCUGCGCAGACAGAGAGCAGUGGGCAGGUCUUUGCCUGCUGCCGCUUGUCCGGCCAUGUUCUCCCCCCCCCCCCCCCCGCCAGUGGCAGGCCCAGCCAGGUGGGCGUCUGGCCAGGGCGGCAGGGCGAAGGAAGGCUGCCUUCCUACGGGCCUCUCCAGGAGCCAAGCUGCCCUCUCACUUGGAAGCUGCCCAACCUUCUCUGGGCACCGAGGGCUCGGCUCGUCCAGCGAGAAGGAAGCAAGUCCUGUUCCGGCUCCUCAUGCACUGCAGCACAGCAGCUCCGCCCGGCUCUGCCCCAACUCAGCUGCUGCCACUGCAGCUCCUCCUCUCAGGCACGCUUCGCGGCUGGAUCUUGAAGUUCGCUUGUAUAAUGCCAAGCCAAGGAUGCGUGGAGAGAGGCGAAGGCAGAGCAGGAGGAGGAAGCUUCACCAUCUCAACAGGCACAGCAGCCUCCACCGGCUGGAAGAAGCACUGCACCGACCUGGGGGCAUUGCCCCGAAAGAAAACCGUGCCUCGUUCUUGGUGCACUGAAAGUUGUCACCCUGGGUACGCCAAGGUGGUUAAGGAAGGAGAGCCUCUGUGCUGUUAUGAUUGUGCUCCAUGUGCAGAAGGGACGGUCUCCACUCGGGAAGGUAAUGCAAGUCAUUGUCAUAAUUGUCCGGAAAAUCAGCAUCCAAACAAGAUGCAAAAUCAAUGUGUUCCCAAGCAUAUCUCCUUCCUGUCUUAUGAAGAACCUUUGGGAAUCAUCCUAAAUAUCCUUACUCUCUUCUUCACUUUAAUCACGAGCUUCGUUUUGGGAAUCUUCAUUAAAUACAUAGAAACUCCAUUGGUCAAAGCCAACAAUCGGGAUCUGUCCUACGUUCUCCUCAUCUCCCUCCUGCUUUCAUUUCUCUCCUCUUUUCUCUUCAUUGGUCAGCCCCAAAAGGUGACCUGCCUUCUCCGGCAAACUGCCUUCAGCAUCAUCUUCUCCACUGCAGUGUCUUCUGUGUUGGCCAAAACUGUCACUGUGGUGGUGGCCUUUGUGGCUUCAAAGCCUGAGAGCAAGUUGAGGAAAUGGCUGGGGAAGGGCUUAGCUAACUCCAUCGUCUUUUCCUGUUCUGGUAUUCAAGUGGGAAUCUGCACUUUCUGGAUGGGCAUCUCUCCCCCUUUCCCAGACUCUGACAGCCACUCCCAGCCUGGAGAAAUCAUACUGCAAUGUAAUGAAGGGUCUGUGGCCAUGUUUUAUGCUGCCCUUGGCUACAUGGGCUUUCUGGCCGCCAUCUGCUUCACUGUGGCCUUCCUAGCCAGGAAGCUGCCUGGGGCAUUCAAUGAAGCCAAGCUGAUCACCUUCAGCAUGUUGGUGUUCUGCAGUGUUUGGGUGUCCUUUGUGCCCACCUACCUGAGCACUAAGGGGAAAUACAUGGUUGCUGUGCAGGUCUUCUCUAUCUUGGCCUCCAGCUUGGGCUUACUGGGCUGCAUCUUUCUUCCCAAGUGCUACAUUAUUCUACUGAGGCCUCAUCUGAAUACAAAGGAACAACUAAUGGUGAAACAUCAAGAUACCAUCUACUUUUGA